ACGCUCCACUCCGCUCCUAGCCUCCUACCGCCGGCCGCCCUAAUCGGCUUCCCGCCGAUGCGUGCGCCGCCGCAGCCGCCGGCGAUGGCGGGGACCGCCUUCUCCGACCUCCCGCCGGAGCUGAUGGCCAAAAUCCACGACAACCUCGCCUUCCUCGACCGCCUCGCCUUCGCCGCCGCGGUCUCCGCCCCAUCACGCGACGCGUUGAAGCCGGAGCCGCCGUGGCUGGUCCUCCCGGGCGAGACGCAGGAGACCACCAGGGUCUUCUCCCUCGCCGACCGCCGCUCCGCCACCGUGCGCGCCCCGGACCCCGCGAUGCGCGACCAUGUCAUCAUCGGCUCUUCAGGCGGCUGGAUCGCGACCGCCGACGAGCGUGGGCGGAUGCGCCUCGCCAACCCUGUCACCGGCGAGCAGGGCGACCUCCCGGCCAUCGCCACCAUCCCCUUCCUCAAGGCCGACCAGGGAGGUCGCUACUUCGUCCUUAUCAUGGAACCCUUCGUCCAGCUCCGGUACAGAGGCGAACUCGAGUCGUGGCCGCUCAGGCCGCACCCGUACGGCACGUUCACGCUCACCGACGGCGACAUGCGCCGCUGGUUCUACCGCAAGGUCGUUCUCUCUGCCUCGCCGCGCCCGGGCGACUACGCCGCCAUGCUCCUCUUGGGCAACUACUUCGGCACGCCGGCGUUCGCCACGGCUGAGGACGGCCGCUGGAGGGUCACGCCCUCGCGCGACGGCGUCGAGGACGCGAUCCACCACAAGGGCAAGUUCUUGUCCGUCACGUACACCGGCACCGUGGAAGCGUGGGAGCGCGACGGCGUCCACGGCGAGUUCACCAGCAAGGUGGUGACCACAAGGAUGGCCAACGGCGGCGACCACCGGCAUUGCAGCAAGUACCUGGCAGCGGCGCCGGAUGGGCGGCUGAUGAUCGUGCUCAAGAACGCCAAACGCGUCAAGGACCUCUUUGAGUUGCAGGUGUUCGACGAAAAGACACAACGGUGGGAGGCGGCGGAGGACGUCGGCGACCUCGCUAUCCUCGUGGGCAUCAACAGCUCGCUGUGCGUGUCGACGACCGAACACCCGGAGCUCAAGGCCGGCUGCGUGUACUACACCGACGACAAGAUUGGGAAGGCCUCGCUGCGGAGGGGCGCCAGGUGCUCGUCGUGGUAUCACCGUGGUGACGAGUCCCACAACGACGACAGCGACCGGAACGUGGCCAUGUACAGCCUCAAAGAUGGGACGGCGGAGAGCAUACCGGAGCUCGGCGAGCACCUGAGUUGGCCACCGCCAGCGUGUUCAUACCUUCCUUCCCAUGACAGGUGUGCUGGCUUACGUUUCCUCGACCAGCGAACGCCGGAAAGUAUUUUCCGUGUAUACAUAUAAUUUAAAUAGUUAUAUAAAAAUUCCAUAAAAAUUGGUAAGAUAGACUAUAAUUAUAUAAGACACUAUACUGACAUGCAAGUUCAAAUUCGAUCAACAUACGAAGAAACAAAAAAUAACAAAUUUUGUCUGCAUUAUACGGGUACUAUUCACUGUG